AUGGUCGCGCCCGCUGUCCCUGAGAUCCACGAGGAGGAGGAAAUCUACGUUGCUGUCGAUGCGCGCUCCGAGUCUUUGCAGAGCUUGCGGGAAUUGGGUCCCCCGGACCUGGUAUACCUAGUCAAGCAGCCCAAGGCCAAUUCAACCCGCCAGACCGGUGUAUACCACCACGCAACUGGAAUCGAUGCCUCUUCCUCCGCUAGCCUUGCCGCCUAUGUCAACACCCUUACUUUCUCCCCUCUCGAUAAGACACACAAAGUUGUAUCCGGAAUCUACUGCUGCUACAAUGCAUUCUCCCACCUGGACAUGCGAGUCGAAGUCAAGAUUCCCGGAAGUUUGGAAGCCUACUGCAUUGACGAACGUGGCGAUAAGCGUGUGGCUACGGAGGCUCUCUGGCUGGAAACUUUUCUCUGCGCCGUACUGAGAGCUUAUCUGUACGCCGAUGACGGAAAUGGAGACCAGAUCAAAAAGAUUGUCGGAGUCCGUCGCUUUAACCCAAUCACCAACACGGAAAUGGAACACAAGUUCCUGGAUGCUGCUGAGAAAUUGUUCUUCCUUGGACGUCAACUCAGCUCCGAUCCCGAAACCCAAGUUCCGAACACCGUCAGCAAUCACCUCACAUCGGGCAUUCUCAAAUACAUCCACACGACCGGUCGUUACACAUCUGGCAUCAACUUGUUUGAGAAGCUGCGUACAAGAGAUGUCGAAGUUUCGUCCCUCCUGGCUCGGGUACAGUUGAUGGCCGACGAGGAGGUUCAAGCAGUGCGGCUUAUGUACGACGCUUUGCAAGAUGUCCCCAUGGACUACGCACUGUUAGACUGCCAAGCAUCGUUUUGCCAGACUAAGGGCGAGGGAGAAAUGGCACUGGAGUGUGCUAAACGGGCCGUUACAGCUGCCCCCAGCGAGUUCAGCACUUGGGCUCGACUAGCAGAGGUUUAUGUCAGCUUGGAACAGUGGGAUUUGGCACUUCUAACCCUUAACUCCUGCCCCAUGUUCACCUAUCAGGAUAAGGAUACUCCGCGCAUGCCACAGCCGUCUCGUAUUAUGCUUCCUAUCCUUUCAGAGAGCAUCCUCGAUGAAAUUGAUGAAGGUCAACCCAAGCAAGGCGAUCCCCACGACUACAUCCAUCCCUCCCUUCGGAAGUUACACGCCGCUGGCUACCAAGGAACAUUCCUGAAGGCCUACAACAUUUUGACAAAGGUCGCCGCGGCGAUCGGAUGGGAUCAAUUACUGAGAGCUCGAAGUGAAGUGUUCGUUAUGGAAGAGGAAUACCGUGUUGAGCGACAACAUGUGCCUAAACCUGCGCAUUCGCUCGAAGCCGAAACCAAUGGUGCCAUUGUUGAUAAGGAUAACGAGGAAGAUUCCACAUCCGUCUCGGGUCCUGGCCCAGCAGAGUCUUCCACUGGGGCUGCCACGAACGGUACCAGCGACAAACCUCAGGGCGAAGACACCAUUGAGCGUCCUGAGCAAACAGUUGCUUCGGAGGUGGUCAAGUCGGGUAAUGAUGAUCCGGACCCUUCGCACAGCGCAUACACACAGUUCCGCCACAAGCGUCUGUGUGAGCGAUGGUUAGAUAACCUGUUUAUGGUUCUGUACGAGGACCUCCGUAUUUACACCAUUUGGCGAACGGAAAUGGCGCAAUUCCGCCAGCAGGCGAUAGAGUACAAGAAGUCCCCCGCCGAGUGGGAAAUUCUAGGCGAGCUCGCCGAAAGACUUCACCACUUUGACGAGGGUAUUGAGGCGUAUCAAAGCUGUCUGGCGACUCGCUUCUCCCCCAAGGCCAUGCGCGGUGUUUUGAAACUAUACGAGCAGAGGAAUGAUACACGGUCAAUUCUGGGUGCACUGAUUCGUCUGAUCGCAUGGCAAUACCGCUGGUACUCCGAGUUCUCACCGGAGCUGUUGUUCUUGAUGCGCAAGCUCAUUGAGGAUGAGGGUGCCGUCAAAGUACGCAGUAUUGUGCAGGCCACCAACUUGCCUCAGCCUGUCCUGGAUCUCACACAUCAGUACUGCCAGUUGUGCGCAACAUUCCGAAGCAGUGGUAGCGAUACUUAA